AGCAAUAAAGAAGAGUACGAGCAACUAAAUCUAAUUCUAGAGGAAGCACCAAUAAAGAAAGCAAAUAAAACGAAUGAUGAUAAGCAAAAUGAGAUAAGAAGAGUAGAAAGUCUGAAUACAAAUAAAGAAGAAAGAGAAAAGCAAGCAAAGUUAGAACUAGAAGAGAUUGAGAAAAAAAAAAGCGAACUAAGAGAAGAACAAGUGAAGAUCCAAAUAAACCAAAUUAAAAACAAAAGAAAAGGAAAGAUGAUAUAUGAAGAAGACAAAAUAAAAGGAAAAAUAUAA